CGGAGUCAGCUGAGCUGCCGGGGCGAGGUGGAUCGCCAGCGAUCGAUUAAAGCAAGCCUGUGAUCCUUUAGAGGCACGAGCAGGGUGCAAAACUGCAUCAGAUUCAAAGGGGAGGGCUCCCCGAUCUUCUCGCCCUAUAGGCGAGGGUGAGAUCCUCUGGAUUUUAAAGGGAGGAGGCGGCGCCAGGUUCCCAGGAUCUGUCAGAAGCUGGGGAGGCGCAGCUUUCCAUCCGGGGCGACGGGGAUCCCUGCGGGGAGCCUUGUGGCGAUCCCCGGACCCCGGACGAAAGGCCCAGAGGCCGGGCACCAUGGCUACCAUCCUGGAUGAGUACGAGGACUCGUUGUCCCGCUCGGCCGUCUUGCAGCCCGGCUGCCCCAGCGUGGGCAUUCCCCACUCGGGGUAUGUGAAUGCCCAGCUGGAGAAGGAGGUGCCCAUCUUCACGAAGCAGCGCAUCGACUUCACCCCUUCCGAGCGGAUCACCAGCCUCGUUGUCUCCUGCAACCAGCUGUGCAUGAGUCUGGGCAAGGACACGCUGCUCCGCAUUGACUUGGGCAAGGCAAAUGAGCCCAACCACGUGGAGCUGGGGCGCAAGGAUGAUGCCAGAGUUCACAAGAUGUUCCUGGACCACACUGGCUCUCACCUUUUGAUUGCUCUGAGCAGCACGGAGGUCCUGUACGUGAACCGUAAUGGGCAGAAGGUGCGGCCGCUAGCACGCUGGAAGGGGCAGCUGGUGGAGAGUGUGGGUUGGAACAAGGCCCUGGGCACGGAGAGCAGCACCGGCCCCAUCCUGGUCGGUACCGCCCAAGGCCAGAUCUUCGAGGCAGAGCUGUCGGCCAGCGAGGGUGGGCUGUUCGGCCCUGCCCCGGAUCUCUACUUCCGGCCCCUGUACACACUAAAUGAAGAAGGGGGUCCAGCGCCUGUGUGCUCCCUCGAGGCCGAGCGUGGCCCUGAUGGCCGCGGCUUCGUCAUUGCCACCACUCGCCAGCGCCUCUUCCAGUUCAUCGGCCGGGCAGUGGAAGGGGCUGAAACCCAGGGCUUCUCGGGGCUCUUCGCUGCCUACACAGACCACCCUCCCCCGUUCCGGGAGUUUCCCAGCAACCUGGGCUACAGCGAGUUGGCCUUCUACACCCCCAAGCUGCGCUCCGCACCCCGGGCCUUCGCUUGGAUGAUGGGCGACGGCGUGCUCUACGGCGCGCUGGACUGCGGGCGCCCUGACUCCCUGCUGAGCGAGGAGCGGGUCUGGGAGUACCCGGAGGGAGUCGGUCCCGGCGCCAGCCCGCCCCUCGCCAUCGUCCUGACCCAGUUCCACUUCCUGCUGCUGCUGGCGGACCGCGUGGAAGCGGUGUGCACGCUCACAGGCCAGGUGGUGCUGCGGGACCACUUCCUGGAGAAGUUCGGGCCGCUGAGGCACAUGGUGAAAGACGCCGCCACGGGCCAGCUGUGGGCCUACACCGAGCGCGCCGUCUUCCGCUACCACGUGCAGCGGGAGGCGCGGGACGUCUGGCGCACCUACCUGGACAUGAACCGCUUCGACCUGGCCAAAGAGUACUGCCGCGAGCGGCCCGACUGCCUGGACACCGUGCUGGCCCGCGAGGCCGAGUUCUGUUUCCGCCAGCGGCGCUACCUGGAGAGCGCGCGCUGCUACGCGCUGACGCAGAGCUACUUUGAGGAGAUUGCUCUCAAGUUCUUGGAGGCCCGGCAGGAGGAGGCUCUGGCUGAGUUCCUGCAGCGGAAGCUGGCCGGUUUGAAGCCCUCGGAGCGCACCCAGGCCACGCUGCUGACCACCUGGCUGACGGAGCUCUACCUGAGCCGGCUCGGGGCUCUGCAGGGCGACCCAGACGCCCUGGGCCUCUACCGGGAAACCCGUGAGCGCUUCCGGGCCUUCCUCAGCAGCCCCCGCCACAAGGAGUGGCUGUUCGCCAGCCGGGCCUCCAUUCACGAGCUGCUCGCCAGCCACGGGGACACGGAGCACAUGGUGCACUUUGCGGUGAUCAUGCAGGACUAUGAGCGCGUCGUGGCCUACCACUGCCAGCACGAGGCCUACGAGGAGGCCCUGGCCGUGCUGGCCCGCCACCGAGACCCGCAGCUCUUCUACAAGUUCUCACCUGUUCUCAUCCGGCACAUCCCCCGCCAGCUGGUAGAUGCCUGGAUUGAGAUGGGCAGCCGGCUGGAUGCCCGGCAGCUCAUCCCUGCCCUGGUGAACUAUAGCCAGGGGGGCGAGACCCAGCAGGUGAGCCAGGCCAUCCGCUACAUGGAGUUCUGUGUGAAUGUGCUGGGGGAGACUGAGCAGGCCAUUCACAACUACCUGCUGUCGCUGUACGCCCGCGGCCAGCCAGCCUCACUGCUGGCCUACCUGGAGCAGGCUGGGGCCAGCCCACACAGAGUGCAUUACGACCUCAAGUACGCGCUGCGCCUGUGCGCCGAGCACGGGCACCACCGUGCUUGCGUCCACGUCUACAAGGUCCUGGAGCUGUAUGAGGAGGCUGUGGACCUGGCCCUGCAGGUGGACGUGGACCUGGCCAAGCAGUGCGCAGACUUGCCUGAGGACGACGAGGAACUGCGCAAGAAGCUGUGGCUGAAGAUCGCGCGGCACGUCGUGCAGGAGGAGGAGGACGUCCAGACGGCCAUGGCCUGCCUGGCCAGCUGCCCCUUGCUCAAGAUCGAGGACGUGCUGCCCUUCUUCCCGGAUUUUGUCACCAUUGACCACUUCAAGGAAGCGAUCUGCAGCUCACUGAAGGCCUACAACCACCACAUCCAGGAGCUGCAGCGGGAGAUGGAAGAGGCCACAGCCAGCGCCCAGCGCAUCCGGCGAGACCUGCAGGAGCUGCGGGGCCGCUACGGCACCGUAGAGCCCCAGGAUAAAUGCGCCACCUGUGACUUCCCCCUACUAAACCGCCCUUUCUACCUGUUCCUCUGUGGCCACAUGUUCCAUGCUGACUGCCUGCUGCAGGCUGUGCGUCCGGGUCUGCCUGCCUACAAGCAGGCCCGGCUUGAGGAGCUGCAGCGCAAGCUGGGGGCUGCACUGCCCCCAGCCAAGGGCUCCGCCCGGGCCAAGGAGGCCGAGGCAGGGGCUGCCGCUGUGGGGCCCAGCCGGGAGCAGCUCAAGGCCGACCUCGAUGAACUGGUGGCAGCCGAGUGUGUGUACUGUGGGGAGCUGAUGAUCCGCUCCAUUGACCGGCCCUUCAUCGACCCCCAGCGCUACGAGGAGGAGCACCUCAGCUGGCUGUAGUGAGUGGGGCAGGCAGUAGGUAGCAGAUUCUUGAGAAGGCCACACCCUGCUCUGUGCUCAUGUACUUGGGCUCUGCCCAUGCCGGAGGCAGCGAGGCGUGAGGGCUGAGAGCCUCCUGCCAGCUUCCCUCUACCCGCCUCAGAGCUGGCAUCCCCAGGCUGCCAGCCUGCCUCCCAGUACAGGGCCUUAGUGUGAAAAAGGCAGAAAUCGGACCCCACCCCAUCCCUCUGCUGUCUGACGGCCCCUGUCGUUGUCCACAUACAUCCUGCCCACCUUCUAGGGUGAGUACCCCCCCAGCCCCCCUCCCUCCCUCGUGUCCUCGGCUUACAGAGGACACCCUCUCUCCUCCCAGCCCCUAGCCAUCCCAGAGGAAAAGGCAGCCCCCAGGUCCCGGGCCCUAGGGGGAAAGGUGCUGCCAAGGGUGCCUGUGCUCUUGUGCACAGUGUGGGGUUCCACGGUAGGGCUGCCCAAGGCCAGGGGCCUCGUGGAGGGCAGCAGGAGGUGGCGAUCAAGUGGAUGGCAUUAAACGGCUCUGCGCUGGUGGCUCUG